CUCUGCCCUUCUGCAACUUCGAGAGAGAGCUUUGCACGUACAAUCUGAGUACUUGCCUAAAUCGUCCACUUGACGCCCACAAACAAUGCCAGUCCCAACACCCGAACUUGGCUCCUUCAACUUUGUCCCAGAGACGAAGGAAAACCUUGACUGGGCAGAUCUGAUCACUAUUGACCUCAGUCUUUUCGGAACCCCGGAAGGCAAGAAGGAACUUGCCAAAACCCUCGUCAAAGGUGUUCGCGAAGAUGGCUUCUUCUACGUGAAGAACUUCAAUAUCUCUCAAGAACGCGUGAACAGGCAAUUCGCGCUUGGGAAACGUUUCUACGAGCUCCCUCUCGAGGAGAAGCUCAAGUAUGUCCCAGAAGGCUUGGAUAACGGUGCAUUCAAUGGAUAUGUUCCUGCUGGAAGACGCAUCUUGGAUGCUGCCUCCGGUUUGCGAGAUCGCACUGAAGUCUAUAACAUCCCCAAAUUCAACGGGGACUUUGAGCACAAACAUCCGAAGAUAGUCCAGGACUUCCUUCCAGAGAUUGAGGAGUUCGCCAGGUCGUUGCAUUCGGAAGUGUUGGAUCCUCUGCACGUGCUGCUUGCUAUUGCACUCGAGCUGCCGGAGGACUAUUUCACGAACAUCCACAAGUACGAAGUCAAGAGCGAGGAUCACUUGCGUUACAUGAAGUACAGUAAGUAUACCCCAGAAGAGAACAUUAAGCUCGGCCGUCUGUGGGGUCGAGGCCACACCGAUCUCGGGACUUGGACACUUCUAUUCCGUCAGCCUGUUGCGGCGCUGCAAAUCCAGAACCAUAUAACUGGUGAAUGGAAGUGGGUCAAACCGCAGGAUGCCACCCUCACCGUCAAUGCAAGCGAUGCCCUCUCGCUCUUAACCGGCGGAUAUGUCAAGAGUACCAUUCAUCGUGUGGCUGCUCCACCCAAAGACCAGGAGCAUGUUGACCGACUCGGAUUGCUCUAUUUCUCCCGGCCUAACAACGAUGUUCCUCUUGCUACCGUCAAGGAAUCUCCCGUUCUUCAACGUGAGGGCUACACACAGAACAACUUCGAGAAGACUGGUAACCCUGUCCCGACCAUGGAACAAUGGACGUUCGCCAAGCAGAAGUGGCAGCGCACAAAAGGUGCCGUUCGGGGGGACCCUAAUUUCGAGACCGCCCAAAUUCUCCCUGGCUGGAACGAAAAGGUAUAUGCUUGAGUACGAGAAAGCUUUGAUCCAUCUGCUCCAGAACUUUGAAGGAACAGUUAUAUCGAUUUGUGGCGAUGGCAGAAUGUACCUGUAUCUAAUGGCACCAAUUGACCUGAACAAAUU